AUCACGAAAGGAAAAAGAAAAAAGUCAGCAUUAAACCAAGGGGUUUUGUGUUUCAGUUGACUGCACCCCAACAUUCGAACAUGGACCAUCAAAACGAGGUGACGAUCAGGAUCCUAUGCCGGAAACUGGUAAUAUUGAAGAAAGAAGCCGGCCUGCAAUGGCUUAUCGGUUCGCCGUACUUGCCCUCGGUCAGUAUCGUCUCCACCCUCAGAUGCCUCCACACACUCCCGUCCGAUCCUCUGUCUCCUCAAUUGUCCAUGGAAUCAGAUGAAAUAAGAAGUCUCCUUCCUAGGGGGUUUGAAGUUAUUGGUGCAGUGAUUGUUCAUGAUAAGAAUGAAGUUAGAGCAGAAAGAAUUACAAGUGAUGCUAUUUUAGCCGCUAGUGACUUUAGGAAGCUCCUUUAUGGAAAUGACAGUCAAGAUCAAGUAUUGAUUGGAGCUGCUCUGGAUCUAAACAGCGCCCAUGGUGAUAGUGAUCUGCAGUUCUUCGUAUCAAGGACCGCAAAUACGAAUAAUUUGGAGAAAGUUUGUACUGUAAUUUAUGAAGAUCAGCCCGAGAAGGAAGUGUGGCAGAGAGGCUCUAUCAUUCAUUGUGAACUUCCUUUGAAUUUGCCUCUGUAUUAUGCGCCAAACAAUCCCAAAGGCAUUGAAGAUGCAUAUGCACGAGCAAUUGAGGAUGUGGAAAGAAAAUUUAGAGACCCACAAGCUGCAUAUAUCAUAGAAGCCCAGCCUUCUCUGGGUGGACCUCAGCCUGUCAUUCUUCAUGGAAUAGAUUUGGAUCUACCAGCUUCGCUUCCAAACAAUGCUUUUCUAAUUGAAGAUGCUCAAGAGUCAAUCACCAAAUCUCUAAAAUGUUCAUACUUUCUCUCAGAUAGUAAGGACGUUUCAUCUUUUACCUCUUUGGAGAAGAAUGCAGAUAAAAUUGUUGUCAGCGUCAUGUUUAAUAGAUCACGGAGUAAUUCUGAACCUGCUGCACCUAUUGCUGAGUAUUAUCCAGCAAUGGGGGAAGCCCAAUUUUCGGCUGUAAAUCACAAAUUAAAAGUGCUAUGCUAUGUGAAGAAGGAUCUGCUGUUGACGAGUAUGGUUUCAAAGUUACUCAUCCCUGGAUUGGUUGAUCAGUUGCAUGCAUUAAAGAACAAGUUCUUCACUGAUGUCUUUGUUCAACAGCCGAAGCUACAACCAUACCAUUUCAUGCCUUCAGGCUUUCUACAUCCAAUCACAGUUGUAUAUGAACUUAGCUAUGGGGAGACAGAAAUCAAGCAAGUUGAAGCUCGCAGAACACUUCACCGGAGACUAGGGUUGCCACUUGACCGCCCUCUUUUGAGAAUUGCUAAUGCUAUAAACUUUUCUACAGUGAUGGACAACUCGAAGGACAAAUCAACUUCAAAGGGUUCCACUUUGCUCAAGGAUGUACAUCGUGGUAUUCCAAGCAGUGGGGUAUCUGGCGGCCAUAUUUCUCUAAUUCAAGGGCUGGGGUUGUGCUUAUCGGUCUCUGCAGACUAUCAUUUCUUGGUUCAGACAGCAACACUAUAUUUCCAUGGAUGUCCCUUCACACAGCAGGCACUGGUAGAAAUUGGUGACAAGGAACCUUCAUUUGUCGGGUCACGUGAAUGGAUUGGGGCCAUUGAGUUGAGUUUUGUUUUGGACAAGCUACUUGGAGUAAAAUGUGUAUGCUUUUGGUUGAUAAUUGAAGAACAAGAUGCAAAUAAGUGCGGCAUAGUGCCUCUCUCUCUCUCUCUCUCUCUGUAUGUGUGUGUGUGUGUGUCUGACUGGUUAACUGCAAUCUUGACAGUUGACUACAAUGACGAGAGUGGAGACUGCGCAUUUCUGAUAUUGGACCCCCAUUACACGGGCAACGAAGACCUCAAGAAGAUUGUCAAUGGUGGGUGGUGCGCUUGGAAAAAGGCGGUCGAUGCCAAAGGAAAACAUUUCUUCUUGCACAAUAAGUUCUACAAUCUCCUCCUCCCUCAGAGGCCCAAUAUGCACAGUUGCUCUGCCGGCUUACAUGGCGGCUCCGAGCCUGCUCUGUCACCAUUAUCAUCAUCUCCACCCAUACGUCAUCCCUGCUCCGUACUGUUGCCCUUCUCUCAGACCCCAACUGUUCAUAUUCGCAAAACCACCCCAAAGCCCUACCAAAACCCCCAUCUCCGUCUCCGUUCCGAUUUUCACGAUUUAUCAGCCAAAAAAUGCAGUAAUUGUAGCUACACUGCCUCGACCUUCCCGAGCUUCGAUUCUGAGGCUCAGCAACAAACAGACGACGGCAAUUGCUUAGAAGAAGUGAGAGAAGCCAUCAGAGAGUAUCUGGAACAGCUUGGAGUUUCGAGGGAGGACGCGUCUCGCAUUAGCUUUGGCUGCCCCAACUAUUUGAAGAUGCUGAUCGACGGCGUCCAAGACCUUGACGACUGGAACUCGUGGUCCGCCGCCGCAGGGCCCGGUGAUCAAGGGCCUGUACAGUUUAAAAACAGAGUGUAUCAGAUGGCAAAGCAGAAAGGGGACAAAGGUAUUCUCCCUUUCCUGGAGAGCGAAGGACUUCCUCUCUCCUCCGCCACUCGCUUGGCUCGUUAUCUCUCUUCUUCUGGCUCCAAUGUGUUACCUCUCCUUGUUCCCAAGGUUAAGUAUGUGAAGGAAAUUUUGUUUUCUGGUAGUCUUGAUUCUGAAUUUAUUGGGAAAAAUGCUCGGCGUAUGAUGACACACCUCUCAAUUUCUGUCGAUGAGGACGUGCAACAGACUUUGGCAUUCUUUGAAAAGGUUGAAGCAAGGCGUGGAGGUCUGAAUCUCUUGGGUUCUGAUAACACCUCUUUCCGGUACCUCAUUGAAUCUUUUCCACGUCUUCUUUCUCUUCCACUAGAAUCUCGUCUAAAGGUAACUGUGAAGGUCUUGGAAGAUAUUGGGGUUCCUAAUGAACGAGUCAGAAAUGUUCUUCUUUUAUUUCCACCCAUCUUGUUGUAUGACAUUCACAAGAGAAUAAAGCCAAGGUUGCAAUCAUUCGAAAAGAUUGGCAUAAGAGAAAAUGAUAUCAGUAAGAUGCUUGUCAAGUAUCCUUGGAUUGUUUCUCCAAGCAUCCUGGAGAAUUUUGAGGAAAUUGUUGAUUUCUUUGAUCAUGAGAAGGUCCCCAAAAUUUCAACUGCCAGUGCAAUCAAGAACUGGCCACAUAUUCUAGGAUGUUCUGUAGACAAAAUUGAGCUAAUGGUGGAACAGCUCAGACGAAUGGAUAUUAGAAAGAAGAAGUUGGGUCAGGUUAUCGCUAAAAGUCCACAAUUACUACUUCGCAAGCCUGAGGAGUUUGAUCAGGUGGUAUCCUUCUUUAACGAUUUAGGAUUAGAUGAGAAAGCUAUUUCUAAGACGCUUGCUCGUUGUCCUGAAAUUUUUGCCGCAAGCAUAGACGAAACUCUCAAGAAGAAGUUGGAGUUUCUUUCUACUGUCGGAAUUUCUGAAACCCAUCUCCCGAGAGUUAUCAGGAAAUACCCAGAACUAUUUGUUUGUGACGUCGACAGGGCAUUAUAUCCUAGAGUAAGGUACCUGAUGGAAGUCGGAUUUUCAGAAAGCGAUAGUGUCCAUGUUACACAGAUUCUCACCGGUACUCGGCCAAAGUUGGAGUUCCUAGUGAACAACAUGCAAAGGCCUCUGAGUGAUGUGGUUGCUUACCCGAGAUAUUUCAGCUACUCACUGGAGAAGAAGAUAAGGCCCAGGUAUUGGGUUCUGAAAGGUAAGAAUGUGGAACUUACAUUGAAAAAUAUGUUGGGUAUAAACGAUGAAGAAUUUGCCGCUGCGUAUUUAGAACUGGGAGAGAUGCCU